AUUCAUUUCCGGUUACGCGACGCGACACGUGCUAGCGGAGUGCUACUUAUAAAAUAAAUAGUGGUUUAUUGUGAUUAGAGUGACUAAAUACAAUAAUAUUUGAAGUGAAUCGAAAGUAGGUACUACUUGUAAUAAGUGUUUCAGUAUUUCCACAUAAAUGGUGGGGUCAAGAGUUUACGUCGGCGGUCUGCCGUUCGGUGUCAGGGACAGAGACUUGGAGAAGUUUUUCAAGGGAUUUGGGAGGAUCAGGGACAUACUUAUCAAAAAUGGAUAUGGUUUUGUGGAAUUUGAAGAUUACAGAGAUGCAGAUGAUGCAGUCUAUGAACUCAAUGGCAAGGAUUUACUAGGAGAAAGGGUGACGGUGGAGCGUGCGCGAGGCAUGCCGCGCGGCUCGGACCGCUGGCGCAGUCGCGACCAGCCGCCCGCGCCAGCGCCGGCGCCGCGCCCCCGUCCGCCGCCCAACCAACCCAAGCGCCGGGACGCGUCUGUAUUACACGCACGAAAGAACCAAGAUGACAAUUACAGAUAUGGGCCGCCAACGAGGACGGAGUACCGGCUUGUCGUCGAAAAUCUGUCUAGCCGCAUUAGCUGGCAGGACCUGAAGGAUUACAUGCGUCAAGCUGGAGAAGUUACUUACGCUGACGCGCACAAGCAACACAGAAAUGAGGGCGUGGUGGAGUUCGCAACGCAUUCUGAUAUGCGCGCCGCCAUCGAGAAGCUGGACAACACUGAGUUGAAUGGGCGCCGCAUCCGGCUGGUGGAGGACCGGCGUUCUUCGCGACGCCGCACGCGCUCGUCUUCGAGCCGCAGUCGCAGCCGCUCGCGCGCGCGCCGCAGCCGAAGCCGCUCCAGGGCCGGCCGCAGCCGUUCGCGCUCCAAGUCCAAGGGCAAGAGCAAGAGCCCUGCUGCAAAGUCCCGUUCUAGAUCCCGUUCCAAGGAUCGCAGCCGCUCGAAGUCGCGCUCGGGCUCGCCGCGCCGCGCCGACCGCCGCUCCGGCUCGCAGGGCUCCGACCGCAAGUCCGAGGACCGCAACGGACACCGCUCCAAAUCCAGAUCGCCCGCCAAAUCCAAGGAAAGAUCUCGAUCCCGCAGCAAGGAGGCGGGUUCUCCCAAGCGCGAAGAGCGCGAGGAGCGUCGCGUAAGCAAGUCUCGCUCGCGGUCCCGUUCUCGCUCUCGCUCAGGGUCGCGCGGCCGGUCCCGCUCUCCGUCUCGCUCCCGCUCACGCUCGCGGUCGCCGCGCCAAAACGGCGACGCGCCCGACGACCGAUCUCCGCGCUCCGGCGAUUAGACAUACACAUAUUGCAAGAUCGUCUUUAGUGCUAUACUGACUUGAUUAUGUUGUGUUAUUAAGGUUUGAAAUACCUAAACCACAUACAUAUAUGGCUUUUCUUUUGCCGGAAGCGAUAGCGUUAAUAGCCCUAUAUAUAAUUCAUCCUUUUGCUGUUACUUAUUUGAUUGAUCAGUUGGAUGUUCAACCGUCUAGGGCUGUAAGCUUUUAUGUUUAACCUAAGUGUAAAGCAUUUUUGACCCAGGUUUAAUUAAGGCAGGUUCAGUAUAGCAUUUUAGAUACUAAUUUUAAGCCAUUUUAUAGUUUGUAAUUUCAUUCUCCCAAUUCCUAUUCCUUUCCUAUUCAGUAGAGCCAAAGUAAGACGGUUCACACAUGGCAUUGUAUUGCCAAGUUCUUUUUCAGUAAUCAUCAUAAAAAUUGUUGCUUGUUAGAAACUAUUGCCAUAUUGAACCCCUUUUACUUCGCGGUUGGAUAGAUAGCUUUCGUUCAAGUGUAAAGGUAGGGAAAAUUGUUUACCAAAUAUAUAAAACACAAAUGUUAUUUUACUCCUGCUCGUCAUCUCAUGCACAUUAACUUAAACUUUUAAUUAAACCAUUCUGAUAAUAUUGUCUUCGGUUACCGCGAUAGUUACUCAUGAAAUAAAACUAUGAAAAACGGAUUAUAUCGCGUAUAUUGAGUUUAUAAUACAUCCCGACGUUUCGAACCCUUUACAGCGUUCGUGGUCAACGGGUGACCCCCGACGGUCGACGGUGACGGGAAUUCAAUAUACGCGAUAUAAUCCGUUUUCAUAGUUUUAUUUCAUGACUAUUCUGAUAUUUAGUUUAUACUUUUUGGGCUAGUGAACAAUUGAAUUCAUAAUUUGGCGUUAUUUGACGAGACAGAAAAGUGACUAUCAAUUUAUUUCUGUGAAAAUGAAUUAGCACUACACUUUCGUGCAUUACAUUUAAAAACGUACAAUAAUUUUAUUUUUAAAUAAGUAUUGUGUAGGGGAAUUUUAAUUCUAAUUUGUAACAGGUUUUGACACGGCUUCAAAGUACAUUGUUACCUGACCGACAGGUAGACAAUCAAAGGCAAUCCUAUUCGAUAGUAUUUUGUAAAUAUCUAAUUUUAUUACUAAGAUUCCACCGUACGUUUUUAUGCACCUAUCUGUUUCGAUCUUAUUUAUAUUUGUGUAUAAGUUGAUGUGGAAACGUGACUUAAAAUUGCUGCAGGUCUUCCUGCGUUUUUUUGUCAAAUCUGUCUACGUCGUCCUAGCUAGAAAGGAACAAAUAGGUUCAAAAUUUGUGGGAUCUCGGACUAUUAAGAAUAAAUAUUACGAUACGAG